UUUUUUUUUGUGCAUACGGAAUUUUUUACGUGAUUUUUAAUUAUCUCGAAUUAUUUCGUCUUUACUUGAUUUCUAAAAUAAUGCAAUCUUUCAGCGAAUCCCCUUCUCUUUAUGACCUCUAUUUAGCUGAAGAAGAUUUGUCAGAUUUCGAUACUGAUUUACCACCACAAGAUAGGAGACGUCGUGUCGCUGAUUGUGGCUUUCCUAAUCUUGCAAUUGUUAAACGUUCACUUGUUAGGAGACGUUCUUCACAACAGAGCCGAAAACUAGUUGUUCGAAUUUAUUUAGUAGACGGGCGUUGUUAUACUAUGGACGAAGUUGAAGGCAUUUCUCUACGUCAAGUUUUUGAAUAUGCCUUAAGUAGAAAAAACGAAGACGAGCAGUCAAAUUCAACUGAAGCUAAUCAACUGCAUGAAUUUUUUCGUGAUGUUGAAUAUCAACUCGAACCAAUCGAUUAUCCUGGUGUUGCUCUCGAACUAGAUCAAUCAGUUUCUUCUGCUGGCACUUUAGACUUUUUGCUUAUUAGAAAGAAUAGUUCUCGUGGAGAUUUUGACAUUUCUUUGGCAACUCGAAAGCCUUCGGAUUUAUUGCCUUUAUUGCACAAACAAAGCAAGUCAAUGGAUUUUUCUAGGAUGUUAGGUGUAGAUGAUAUGCAAAAUAUAUCCGUGAAAGAAGAUUCAAAAAUAUUUUCAACUUCAAUCAACGAAUUGGGCCUUCAAAAUCCAUUACAAACAUUUCCAUUAGAAACAUCUUUUUCUACUUGCCAAAAUUCUUCACCAGAUGAUUUAAUUGCCAAUCAAUUGACAAAUAUACUUUCUGGAGGUCCUAUAUUAAAUGAAUAUUCUGUCAACAAAAUUAAUCGGUUUAAACCAAAAACGCUUUUGAAAUUAGUUAUUCGUGAAAACUGUUUGGAAUUGAUUCAGAGGGGUAAGUUUCGAAAAGCUGACACUGAUAGAAAAAUUAAGAGGGUACCUUGGAAACUUGUUGCUUCUGUUGAAGUGUCACCAAACUCAGAGAAGCGGGUUAAUGCUCUUCGAUUAGUUCGAAUUACCUUUCUUAGCUGUAUUUCAUCUACACUUAUGCAACAUAUUCUUGAAUCUGAAAAAACAGAAAAACUAACUCAGGGAAAUUUAAUUUAUGAAGGUUCUUGUUGGAAAAUUUUAAUUAUUGAAGCUGCUGCACAUGAAGCGUGGCAAAUUGGUUUGAAGUUAAACGAACAAUUAAAUUUGUGGCCUUCCCAAGUUCAUUUACUUUAUAACUACUCUUUAGCAAGUAAUUUAAAACCAAAAAUUGCUGCAGAAAAAGCAUUUGGUACGGAAAAACAAUUUUCUUCCUCAGCUUCGUCAUUUACAAUUUCAGCUAAAAGUGAUAAAGGAUUAAAGAAGAAAUUGUCUUCAAUACUUUCUAGAAAAAGAUUAUAG